AAUCCUCUAUCCAUGUUGGCAGUGACGCCAGUGAGAUACCUGAAGAAACUUAUCCACUUCUGGAGGACUGUGAACUACUUAUCAUGGUAUACACCAUCUCUCUCUGGGGCUUUGGAAGAAGUGCAGAAGAUAAAGCCCAAGGGAACACUUUUUACUGGUAUGAUGCAUCUGAUGGAUCACGAAAAAGUAAAUGAAUGCACCUUAUAAAAUUGAUGGAUACAGAGGGUCUUGAUGUGCAACUGAACCAUGAUGGAUUGCGUAUACCAGUUAAACUCUAGCAUCAUGUUAACUUGCGCGUGCCCAUUCUUUUGCAUGAAAGCUUUAUGACUUUAGCAUCAAUUCAAAUGUUGUAUUUCAACGUAUCAAAGGUGAUAUAACAUUGGAAGGAUCAUUAUCCACAGAGGAGUACAUGAUUCUUAUGAUUUGUAGAUAUUCAUGGAAGUUUAUCAUUUUUCCCAUGUUAUUUACGUAGAUAAAUUCCAGAAAAAAGCCAUAUUCAUAUUUGUAUAUGAAGUUGUUUAGAGAAGAAGACAUUGACCUAUGUUUGUGUGUUAACCAAAACAUAGAGCUGUAUCUCAAUUAUUUG